GCAGUAAGGUCAUGAAUUUCGGGAAAUCUGUACAGUUGCUGUGUAUACCCACAUACAACAUUUCUUCUAGCUUUAGAUCUGCAAGUAUAUAAAGGGGAGUCCCCGCUUACCGGUGCUCAUCACCUCUUCAUGUCUCCGUCAGCCUCUAUCAACCGGGAGUAACACUGAGUGGCCCCCCCUCCGGCGGGGAUAGGCGGAGGGGCUGCAAGAGGAGGAGAGGAAAUUAGCAGACUAAAGAAAGCUCUGCCAUCGAAUAAUAAAUAAUGGCAGUAUCCCUCAUCCAAGCUUGCCGCAGUCUUGCUCUGUCAACAUGGCUGCUUUCCUUUUGUUUUGUGCAUUUACUCUGCCUGGAUUUCACGGUGGCCGAGAAGGAGGAAUGGUACACGGCCUUUGUGAAUAUCACUUACUUGGACCCUGGGACAAUGGAGCAGCGUACUGAGAAGACUGAGUGUGGCAGGUAUGGGGAGCAUUCUCUGAAACAGGACGCGAAAGGGGUCCUGGCGCUGCCCGCGUCCCCCCACGAUAGACUAGCCUGUGACCCUAACACAAAAUUUAGUGUUCCUGCCAAAGCCAAGAGCUGGAUAGCGCUUAUUCCCAAAGGAAAUUGCACUUAUAAAGAUAAAAUUCGACAUGCACUUCUCCAGAAUGCAUCAGGAGUGGUUAUUUUUAACGUGGGCUCCAGUAACGCCAAUGACACCAUAACAAUGCCACAUCUAGGUACAGCAGACACAGUAGCCAUUAUGAUUCCUGAGCCAAAAGGAAGAGAGAUUGUCAGUUUGCUUGAAAAGAACAUUACAGUGACAAUGUACAUUACUAUUGGGACACGUAACUUACAGAAAUAUGUCAGCCGCACUUCUGUGGUCUUCGUUUCAAUUUCAUUCAUCGUUCUUAUGAUAAUUUCACUUGCAUGGUUAGUCUUUUACUAUAUCCAGAGGUUCAGAUAUGCAAAUGCAAGAGACAGAAACCAGCGCCGUCUUGGAGAUGCUGCUAAAAAAGCCAUUGGCAAGCUUCAGGUCAGAACAAUUAAAAAAGGGGAUAAGGAAAUGGAACCCGAUUUUGACAACUGUGCAGUUUGUAUUGAAGGGUACAAGGCAAAUGAUAUAGUGAGGAUCUUGCCAUGUCGGCAUCUUUUUCACAAAACAUGCGUAGACCCAUGGCUUUUAGAUCAUCGAACCUGUCCGAUGUGCAAAAUGAACAUUUUAAAAGCCUUAGGAAUUCCGCCAAAUGCAGAUUGCAUAGAUGACAUUCCUCCAGAUUAUGAAGGUUCCAUAGGAGGGCCCUCAACCAAUCAGAUCACAGGAGCAAGUGAUGUGACAGUCAAUGAGAGUUCUGUUAUCCUUGAUCCUGCUGUUCGACCAUUGGGGCUGUCACAGAUUCUGCAAGACCCAGAGCCACCUGCCCAGGUUGGAGAUGUUAACUUUACUACAAAUAGCGAUCAGGAGCCAGCAGUAAGCAGUGAUUCUGACACUUCUCUCAUAAUGGCUGGCGAUGUUGGACUCUCUGAUGUGGAACUGUCCACUGAUCAGGACUGUGAAGAAGUAAAGUCUUGAGAAAGGUCUCCAGGAUUCAAACCACUCAUGCCUCUAUAGUAUCUAUCAUAAAACACCAGUGCACUUCAUUCUGGGAUGAUCGUGACAAGCAAUAGCGACAAUCAUCUACUUUUCCUUAGACAGAGUUCCAUCGGCUACCUGUGUAUCUGUUUUGUUCAUAUGGGAGCUGCAGAUUCAUAUGUUUACCUGCUAUAUGACUAAAAUCUGCCAUGAAAUCCUUCAGUAGCUGGCAUAUGUGACGGAACUAUCUGCUUUAAUGUUCAUUAUUGUUUAAUCAUUUUCUUUUUAACUUUUAUUUAUAAGCCAGUUUUUUUUAAUGUGGGCAUUUUUGGUUGACUUUUGACUGACUCCCAGCUUUUUCAUAAAUUAGGUAUUGAACAUUUAUGCCUUCCAGUAAUUAUUCUAGUUACUUUAUUUAUUUUUUUAUUAUUUCUGUGAGGAAUUGCUGCAUUGACAUAUGCACAGCUGCAAGAUGGGAUUUCCAAGGUACAGCAUCCAUUGAAGUGCCCUCCUACAUUUAAGAGUGAUUUAUUUUUAGAUGAGAAAUAAAAAAAGAAAAAAAAACAUGGUAUUAAUCAAUAAAGUAUGAUUGGUUAACAGACAGGCAUGUGUGACCACUGGAAUGGUGCGUAACAUUUUGUCUCCAUUCUUUUGCCAAGUUUAACCUUUCGUUAUGCUUUGGUGGCCUUCUAAUCAUAGACCAGCGUGAGCAUUUUGUUAUGAUCUUGUUCAUGUCAUAAGAAUGUGGGUGUACUCCAUACGAAGAUUUGGAGUUGGAGUUUAAGGGCAUUUUACCCUUAGAUAUUGAGGUCAUGAUCGACACUCAGCUCCUUUAGUGCUUAAGACUAACAUUGUUCCUUCUUAAUCACCUCCGUGGAUAAAAGGAAAGAGUUAAUACCAUGAAGUCUUGGUUUCCCACAUGAAAGUAUUAUUACUGUAACAGACUGUUUAUAUAGUGGUGUGUUUUUAGUCAGAAACUGACAGGUAUUAAUACUUUGGGUUAGUAUGAUUUUAUCACUGAAAAGGUAAUCGAGGUGCACUGGGGGGAAUGUUUUGUAAGGCACUUUUUAGUAUUGGAAUUAAGGAGGCUUGCAACAAAUAUGUGAGCAGCUGAUAUAGUGACAGAGUUAUCCAAAAGAGGAAACCUGCUCAUAUAUGGAGAGAAGAGCUAAACAGUUGUAAGGCAGGACUUUAUUUAGCAAUAAAAAUCUAAAUCAAAAUAUCGAUUAGAACUGAAUCUUAGCAAUACCACUUUAAACAAAGUACAACGUACAAUGUUAGGAAAACAAUUCACAGAGAGCGCCUUGUUGACUUUGUAGUAUGAAGUAUCUCAGGAUUUUAAUUAUUACAAGAAACAGUGUUAGCAGUGCUGUAGCUUGGGCAUUGCUUUUUUGUGUCCAGAAAGUCAUGCACCAGUGCUUUCUGAAAGGUGGCAAAUGAAAGCAGUGCCACAGCCAGCCAUUCAGUACCGAGGAAAGAUCUGUGUAGGUGGCAGAACUUUGUAAGACUGGUUUGGUACUUGGCAGAAGUGAUUUACUUUUUGUUUUCUAUUUUGUAUUUUCAGUUUUGUUUGUAACAUCUUCAGUACGUUUCCUAAAACAUUUGUUAAAACUGCUGUGCGUGUAGCAUUUCCAGUGAAGCUGAAAGCAACCAGCUUCAUUUUUGUAGGUUUAUUCAGUUUUGGAUGUGGGAAGAGAGGAGAUAAAACCACACGACUAGGAGGUUUCCUUCAUGUGUGACAUUUGUAUUGCCAUUUUAUGAUAAUUGUCGUACUGCCGCCAUAAUUCAUUCUGGUGCAUGUCCAGGUUUGACUUUGGUUCUUAAUACUGACCUAGAACAUGCGUUAGAAAACAAGUCUUGUUGUAGAUAUAUGCCGUGAAUCACUUUGUUGCUACCCCACUGGUGAUUCAUACUGGGACACAGAUAAAAGCUAUGUCUCCCUGAUGGGGUAUGGUUGAUCUUGCAGAAUCAUUGUGCUUAACAGUUCACGAUAAAAACAGACCGACCCAAAACCUAGCUGCUAUUUGUGCUGAACAGAAAAUACGGCUUAAGAUGUAUGAGGACAGAAUGCACUGACCGAAUUAUAAUAAAAGUUGCAAAAUGCAUUUAAUAGCAUUGUAUCCAAUGAAUGAAAAAUGCUGGGAAGGUCAGUCAAAGGAGUGAGCUGGAUUAAUAAAGGCAUUGACUGCAAGGAAGCAUAAAAAACAGCCAUGGGCGCCUAAGGAUGUAAAUUCAAUGUAUUUUUGCUUAUUGUUGAAGAUAAAACAGUUUAAUGUGGGUAGGAUUUGCAGUAUAUUGAAAGAAGCUUUAUUUAUGAAUAUAAUUAAACAUAAAACUCAUCUGA